ACCCUGAGUUCAAUCCCCGUGGGAAUGGAGGGGGGGGGGCGCGGGUCGCUGUCGAGGACAAGCUGGAAGGCCCAAUGUUCUCAGGAUGGGGAAGGAGGGUCCACCCUGUUAGGAAAAGGCAGGUGUGGCUUUACAGACACACAAAUCUGAAAUUGUUUCAACAGAUGAGGAAAUGACCUAAAGGAGUGUCAUACAGGGAGUAAAGGGAAGAUUUCUUAGGAGCAGCUGGCUUCCUCUGGAAGAAGGAUCUGCCUGCGCACUGGGGGAAGAGGGGAGCCCACAUCUGCAUGGAGGAAAGCCUUGGGCAGAAAUGAGGCUAAGCUCUCUGGGAACAAAGCUCUAAGUGCUGAGCUCACACCCUUCAUCAUGACCGGAUGACCAGGGAGGAGAGACAUAGAUGGCGAUGGUGCGUGCUCAGCAGCAGAGAGAAGCAAGCUGUCCAGAAGCCCACCAGCCAUGCACAUGGGCAAGAUGGUGGGUGGUCAGGGCUGGGAAGAAGGUGAAAAUGAGCCCUGCUUGACCCACCCCCAUCACUCUAACUCACUCAGAGUAUCCUCCUUAGUUUUAGGAUUUCAGUGUGUAACACUUGGGGUCAUAAGGGAAGGGAGGGUAGUCCCCAGGGUGAAAGAGGGCCGUUCACACUCUCUAAACAGAUAUGCCAAGAUUAAGCCCAAAUUUAAGCCAGACCUUCAGGGGCUCCUACUCUCCCCUGAGCAGGUGCUGGACAAAAGACUUGUCAUCAAACAUGGACCCAGUGGCCUGCGGGAUAAAAAAGGUCCCUGUCCAGUGCUGUCCUGGCUGCUUGUGCUGUUCUUACAGAGCAUUCCCAGGAACAGCUGCCAGUUCUCAGCGUGGAAUCUGGCCCAGCCUUCUGCCCACAGCCCCAGUUUGCCCUGAAGGUGAACCUGGGCCUACAGGUUGGGCAGAUCCCUAGGAGGGAACUCAGAGCCAGGAGCAGAAUUCCUGCCAGUUGUCCCCCUACAGACCCACAGUAAGACAAGCAGGCCAGCAAAGGUUGAGAUGGGGAGAGAAAAGUACACGGAGGAAAAAGGCCCAGCCUAACCAUGGGACAAGAGGGCAUCGUCCUGGCUUCCCACGCUGCAGCGAUGGCUGCACCAGGAGUCUCUGCCCCUCUGACCCACCUAUCUAUUCCCUUCUCAACCCUGCUUGAGGACUCUGCAGGCUGCCUGUUUGGACAGUGGCAAGAGCUAUAGGAAGAGAAAAGAGGUCAGGGACAACAUCUUCCCUGGCACUGGCUGGUGGGGUUCCUGUAACCUGGCUUCAUCCUUCCAUCCAAGGUUACCACCUCUCUCCUGGUGGUCCUCUCUACUGCUCCUCCCAUUUCCCCCCUCUUCCAAGCAAGUCAGGGGUCUGUUUCUACCUUACCGUCCCUAGACUAUCCUUGGGAUUCCCUAUUCUGCUCUCACCUUUGUAAAUUGCCCAUGUAUUAAGCCCUUCUCAAAUUAUCCUAAAUCCACUGUGCCUUCUGUUUCCUGCUGGGACCCUAACUGGUAGGGCCACCUGUCCUGGAUUCCCUGGGAUUCCCUGGUUUGCAACCAUCAACACACCACUCUACAUGCAUUCCUAACUCCAGCUGUGAGAAUAGCGACAGGCCUUCAUGUCUGCUGUGCCCCCCCCCACCUGCCUCAGAUCCCAGCCAAAGCACAAGGCCUCUCUGCUGACUUUCAGUUGCUCCAGCCUGCUGACGGAGCUUUCAGGGUUCCAAGACCAAGUGGCUCCAGCCAGAGUCUCCUUCCUCUGGGGUGCUGCACCUUUGUGACUUCACCCACUGAAGUCACCUGGAAGACAUUGCUGAAUGUUCCUUCAUCUUAAGAGGCAGGCACAUCAGUCAGGCCCAGCCACCCAGAGGACUCUGUCCAUUUGUAAUUGAGGUUGCUGGUGGCUUAAGUCCUAACACUAUGGAUGCUGCUGCUGACAAGGAUACAUCAUGGGGACAAAUUUGCUUGUUCUGAAUCCCUAGAACGUAAUGUGGCAGUCAAAAUCAUCAACCUCAAGAAAGCCCCUACAAAAUUCAUACAGAAAUUCCUUUGACGGGAAGUUGAGCUUCAGACAAGGUUAAACCACCCUUCCAUUGUCAACACCUAAGAGAUCUUUGAGACAUCCCUGGGCAAGAUCUAUGUUGUUAUGGAGCUUGGGGUUGAGGGGAACCUCCUCAAUCUGGGAGCCCUACCAAAAAAUGACUCUCAAAAGAAGUUCUACCUGCUCUCCUGCAUCAAGUACUAAUGCCAUGACCUCACAGUUGUCCAUUGAGACCUCAAGUGCAAAAACAUUUUGCUCAACAAGAAUUUAAACAUCAUGUCUGAUUUUAGCUUCUCCAAACAUGCCCUGCAGGACAACAGCAGUUGACUGACACUGAGCAAUACCUUCUGUGGGUCUGUGGCGUAUCCCAACAUGAUGCAGCACUUCCCCUACAGUGUCUGAGAUUUGAGCCUGGGCACGAGCUUUUCCAUCUUUUACAUCAUGGACUGUGACUUCAUGCCCUAUGACCACCACAACAUCAUGAAAAGGAGCACCAUGUCAACUUCUAAGCACCUGACCAGGGUGUGCAAGGACCGCAUCUUGCAGCCCCAUGUCAACCAGCACUUGCACCACCAUGAGAUCUGCAGCCACUGCUAGGUGCAGCCCAAGGCACAGAGUCUGUCCUCCAUAGCCACCAAUAAGGGGCAGAAUUCUCAGGACACAGAAGCCUCCUAAACUCCAGAAUCUGGCUCUGAUAAGAAGUCCAUCACCAGCUAGGUACUCUGGAGGCUGAGGCAGGAGGAUCGUGGUGAGUUCAGGACCAGCCUGGGCUGCAUAGUGAGUUCAAAGCCAGCCUGAACUACAUAAUGAGACUCUGUCUCAAAACAACAAAAACAGAGCCAGGUGUGGUGGCGCACACCUGUGAUCCCAGUACUCAGGAGACUGAGGUAGGAGGAUCACUGUGAGUUUGAGGCCAGCCUGGGCUACCUAGUGAGCUCAAGGCCAGCCUGUACUACAUAUUGAGAUCCUAUCUCAAGAAAAAAAAAAAGAAGUCUGCAGCCAAGCUGGCACCUCUGAAAGAGAUGUGGCCCAAACCACAGCCCAGACUAAACCUAGGGAAUAAAUGGUAUAAGUGGCCAGGCAGAGACCUAGGGCUUCAACACUGAGUAGCUGCCCACGGAAACAGAGGAGCCCCCCACAUAUAUACAGCAUCCUCUAGAAAACCACAUCCAGUGAGCCAGGGGGCCAGCAGAGAAUGGAGAAGAACUCAUAGCUUGAAGCCUGAGCUGCUAUUUUUCUCACCUUUUUCUCCUUCCCUUUGGACUCCAUAACUGACAUGGCUAAAGAACUAAUAAAUCAGCCAAGUGUGGUAGCUCAUGACUAUAAUCACAGCACUCUGGGAGACUGAGGCAGGAGGAUCAGAAGUUUGAGCCUAGCCUGUGCAGCUUGGCAACAUAGCAAAAUCCUAUCUCAAACUAAAAAAAAAAAAGUUUAGCCAGGCUUGGUGGCACACACCUAUAAUCCCA